GUAAACAUUGUAUCAGUUGUGCUUUGGUUAUGAACGGGAACAGUUUAAAUGAGUUGUUGUGUGGUGUUGUGUCUCAAAAACGUAUCGGAAAAUUUAUUUCGUUAGAGCAAAAAAAAAAAACACUUUCAAUCAUAUUUGGCACAUUGAUUCUAAUUCUGCAAGUAGCACAACAUUGUUACAGUUAUCUUUGAUUCUUCUACAAUGUGUUAAAAUUUGUGGUAUUGAAGUUUAAGAAAACACUCGGGCUUUGCCUUAAAUUCUAUUGUUUAACUACGAAAUGUCCUUGACAAUCCUUUACAGUGCACAAGAAAGAAAGAAAUUGAAAAAUAAGAAUUUUAAAAUAAAACUUAAACAAGAAAUUGAAUUUAGUCAAAUUUAAUUGAAUUGAAAAUAUCGAUUUACUAUAAUACACUGUUAAGAAAAAAGAGUGUGUAUGUGUGUGUUUUAUAAAAUAUUUGGCAUUUAUACAUACCUAUGUAUGUAGUAUAAGAGUUUUUUUUAUAUUUAAAAGUUGAUUAAUUAAAAUAUUAUAAAAAUAAAUGUUUGAAUAUAAAAUAAAAGAAAUAAAUAAUUAAUAAAAAAUAAAAAUUACCAUAACAAUUACGUUUAACAAGAGAAAUCACUAUAAAAUUAUAAAAAUAAAUACUAUUAAACAUUCCCUUUAAAUCAAUAAACCAAUUUAAACAACUUUACACAGACAACAAAAUGCCUCCUAACUUUGAAAAUACCUCCGCCGCUAUACCUUCACCAGCCACCACCCUUUAUAAUUACAACAAUGCCACAACAAAAGAACAGGAUUUAUUUCAAGAUUUCUACGAAAUAAGCAGUUUAGUACGUGUAACUGUACCCUUAUGUUUCGGAGUUAUUGCUUUAACCGGCUUCUUUGGCAACAUCUUAGUCAUACUGGUCGUGUGUCUUAAUAAACAAAUGCAUUCGACCACAAAUUUAUUAAUUGUUAAUUUAGCUGUAGCCGAUUUGUUGUUUGUAAUCUUUUGUAUACCUUUUACCGCCGCCGAUUAUGUGGCCGAUUCAUGGCCUUUCGGUGACCUAUGGUGUCGUACCGUACAGUAUUUAAUUGUGGUUGCUGCCUUUACAAGUAUUUAUACUUUGGUUCUAAUGUCUAUUGAUCGUUUUUUGGCGGUGGUACAUCCCAUACGUUCACGUAUGUUGCGUACCGAAAAAAUUACCAAAAUAUGUAUUGCAGCCAUUUGGACGGUGAUAUUGCUAGUGUGUUUGCCAGUGGCUUUUACACAUGGAGUUGUGAAGACCGAUGAUGAUGAUCCAGAUUUCCCCGAAUUCGAAGUGUGUCAAUUUAUACCAAAUGAUUUUAUAGGACUCCGAACGUAUCAAAUAAUAUUUUUUACCAGCUCGUAUUUACUCCCUCUAAUGGUCAUUAGUGGUUUGUAUAUGCGUAUGAUAACUCGUUUGUGGCGACAAGGCAGUGGUGUUCGCAUGUCUGUCGAAUCACAGAGAGGACGUAAACGUGUGACACGUCUGGUUGUCGUUGUUGUGAUUGCAUUUGCAUCAUUAUGGUUGCCAGUACAGCUAAUUCUACUGUUAAAAGCCCUCUAUAUAUACCAUGCCGAUACCAAGUUUACCGUGAUUUUACAAGUUGUCGCACAAACACUGGCAUACGCGAGUUCCUGCAUAAAUCCGGUACUCUAUGCAUUUUUAUCGGAUAAUUUUCGUAAAGCAUUUCAUAAGGCCAUAAAUUGUUCAAAUCGUUUUCAAAAUUAUUCCUCCGAUUUGCCGCCAGCUCGAAAAACUUCAUAUGCCCGAACAUCAUCUACAGAUGGAAACAUUUUUCCAAAAUCUGUAAAUCAAACACAUGCUCAUAGGGAAAAUAACACAUAAAUUAAUAUAUAAAAUAUUUAACUAUAUCAUAAACAUGCAUAGUUG